UAAGACAGUGGAAGUGUGUAGUUUGUUUGAGGUAAAGUGUAUGGAAAAGUUGUCUAAGGAAUCAGGAACUUCACUAUUGGUACCAUCAGUUCAAGAGUUAUCUACAGAGAAUGUAUCUAAUGUUCCAGAAAGAUACUUUCAGCCUCAACAUCAACAACAAACGGUGUUCAUCUCUCAAGAAUCUGAUGCCACCCUUCAGAUUCCAGUAAUUGACAUUCAGAAAUUGCUUUCUCAAGAAUCUGCAAGUUCGGAAUUGACUAGGCUUCACCUUGCUUGCAAAGAAUGGGGAUUCUUCCAGAUUAUAAACCAUGGUGUGAGCUGUUCUUUGGUGGAUGAAAUAAAGUUGGAGAUUAAGGAAUUUUUCAAGCUUCCAAUAUCAGAGAAGAAAAAGUAUUGGCAGAGUUCAGAGACUAUGGAGGGUUUUGGGCAAUUAUUUGUUGUGAGUGAAGAUCAAAAACUUGAUUGGAAUGAUAUGUUCUAUAUGAUCACCCUUCCUACCAAAUCCAGAAUGCCCCACUUAUUUCCACAGCUCUCUCUCCCUUUCAGAGACACUCUGGAACUAUACUCACAGAAAAUGAAAGAUCUGGCCAUGAUGAUAAUUGGACAAAUGGGCAAAGCUUUGGAGAUAGAAGAAAGGGAAAUGAGAGAAUUAUUUGAAGAUGGGAUACAAAUGAUGAGGAUGAACUAUUACCCUCCUUUUCCUCAACCAGAAAAGGUCAUUGGUUUCACAAAUCAUUCAGAUGCAGUAGCUCUAACCAUCCUCUUACAGCUCAAUCAAGUAGAAGGGUUGCAGAUAAGAAAAGAUGGCAUGUGGAUUCCUGUUAAACCCUUACCUAAUGCCUUUGUUGUCAACGUUGGUGACAUAAUGGAGAUUAUUACGAAUGGAACAUAUCGGAGUGUUGAGCAUCGAGCAGCAGUGAAUUCAGAGAAGGAAAGACUUUCAUUUGCAACAUUCUAUAGCCCUAGAGAAGAUGCUGUCAUAGGUCCUUCACCAUGUUUGAUAACUGAGCAAACACCACCACAGUUCAAGAGUAUCAGAGUGGAUCAGUAUUUUAAGGACUUUUUUGCUCGAAAACUUGAAGGAAAGUCCAACAGAGAUAACAUGAAAAUAGAGCAUCCUAAUUGAACUUGUUCAAAUUACCAAAAAAAUAUGUUUUUCAUCAGUGUUGUUUGUGCACAGUAGAAUAAUUACAUGUAUAAUAAUGUGCACAGUGAAUCAUCCGUAAGAUAUAUUCGCACCAGUUAUAAGGGUUGUAUGAACAAUAGAGAAGUUAAAAUACCAUCAUGGUUCUAUCUAAUGAUAAUCCAAAUAAGUUUAUGUAAGGAAUGUUUGUGUGCAUAACAUCAUGUCAUAUAUGUUCUUCACUCUA